AGGGCAACUUACUAGUUAUAUGUACAUACAAUAUAUUAUAUAUUUAGCAUAGCACAACAUAAACAUUAUACUGUAUAUACUCGAGUAUAAGCUUAGUUUUUCAGCCUUUUUUUAGGACUAAAAAAACCUCCUCGGCUUAUUUAUUUGUUUUAUUUAUUUACAGCAUUUAUAUUCCGCCCUUCUCACCCCGAAUGGGACUCAAGGCGGAUCACAUUACACAUAUAUUUACUUUACUCUAUUUUUAUUAUUAAUAAUACAUUUAUUAUUUUACUCCAUUUAUUAUUACAUUUAUUAUUUUACUGCAUUUAUUAUUAUUAUUAUUACAUUUAUUAUUUCACUCUAUUACUAUUAAAAGGAUACCUAAGCACAUUUACAUUGAAAAAGAUGAAAAUAGUGAUUUAAUCAGAGUUGAACAGUCAUAUCUUAAAUUACAGUUUGAUGUAAAGAUUCAAAAACAUUUAAACUGAUGCCUCAAUUAAUGUAAUUUUAUUGGUAUCUUAGCUUAUACUGGAGCCAAUGUUUUCCCAGUUUUUUGUGGUAAAAUUAGGUGCCUCGGCUUAUAUUUGGGUCGGCUUAUACUCGAGUAUAUACGGUAAAUAUAUCAUCUGGAGAAUCCACAUCAAUAAAUUAAUUAAGCAUUCUAACAUUACACGUAUAGGCAAACAUUCAAUGCCUUUUAGCAUAGAACAAAGACAAACAAACAUAGGCUCCGAGCGGGCCUCGAACUCAUGACCUCCUGGUCAGAGUGAUUCAUUGCAGCUGCUCUCCAGCCUGCGCCACAGCCCAAGCCUUAUACUUGGGUGAGGGUCCUGGUGGGCUUAUAUUCAGGUCGGCUUAUACUCAAGUAUAUAUGGUAUAUUUAUUAUUUUUCUCUACUACUAUUGGUAUUGUUACAUUUAUUAUUUUACUCUAUUGCUUAUUAUUAUUACAUUUAAUAAUAAUACAGUAGAGUCUCACUUAUCCAACAUAAACGGGCCAGCAAAAUGUUGAAUAAGCGAAUAUGUUGGAUAAUAAGGAGGCAUUAAGGAAAAGCCUACUAAACAUCAAAUUAGGUUAUGAUUUUACAAAUUAAGCACAAAAAUAUAAUGUUAUACAAGAAAUUUGACAUAAAAAGUAGUUCAAUAUGCAGUAAUGCUAUGUAGUAAUUACUGUAUUUACGAAUUUAGCACCAAAAUAUCACAAUGUAUUGAAAACAUUGACUACAAAAAUGCGUUGAAUAAUCCAGAAUGUUGGAUAAGCGAGUGUUGGAUAAGUGAGACUCUACUGUAAUAAUAAUAAUAAGUUUAUUUAUAUCCCGCCUCCAUGUCUCCCGAAGGGGACUCGGGGCAGCUUACAGCAAAAUCAAAAUACAAGCGAUGAUAAAAUAUGAAACAUCAAAGGACAACAACAAAAACCAAUAAUAAAAUAUACACAAUAGGCGAAAAAACACAACAAAGAAUUAAAACAUCAAAUUAAAAACAAUGAGGUUGCAAUAGUGGAUAAGCAAAGGUGCACAUUAUGAGUAACAAAUUCAUAAAUAGAUAAAGUGCAUUAGAAUCAUUUAAGGUUCUUUAUUAUUUUACUCUUAUUGUUGUUACUUUUAGAUUUAUUUUACUGUAUUUUUAUUAUUAUUAAUACAUUUAUUAUUUUACUGCAUUUAUUAUUAUUACAGUGCAUUAAAGCACUGAGCUGCUGCACUUGCGGACCAAAAGGUCCCAGGUUCAAAUCCCGGGAGUGGAAUGAGCACCCGCUGUUAGCACCAGCUCCUGCCAACCUAGCAGUUCGAAAACAUGCAAAUGUGAGUAGAUGAAUAGGUACCGCUCCGGCGGGAAGGUAACGGCGCUCCAUGCAGUCAUGCCAUUGGCCACAUGACCUUGGAGGUGUCUACGGACAACGCCGGCUCUUUGACUUAGAAAUGGAGAUGAGCACCAACCCCCAGAGUCAGACAUGACUGGACUUAAGAUCAGGGGAAACCUUUACCUUUACCUUAUUAUUAUUAUUACAUUUAUUUUUUCACUCUAUUAUUGUUGUUACUUUUACAUUUACUUUAUUCUUAUUAUUAUUAAUGCAUUUAUUAUUUUACUCUGUUAUUACAUUUAUUAUUUUACUGCAUUUAUUAUUAUUAUUACAUUUAUUAUUUCACUCUAUUAUUAUUAAAAGGAUACCUAAGCACAUUUACAUUGAAGAAGAUGAAAAUAAUGAUUUAAUCAGAGUUGAAGAGUCAUAUCUUAAAUUACACUUUGAUGUAAAGAUUCAAAAACAUUUAAAUUACUGAUGUCUCAAUUAAUGUAAUUUUAUUGGUAUCUCGGCUUAUACUGGAGCCAAUGUUUUCCCAAUUUUUUUGUGGUAAAAUUAGGUGCCUCGGCUUAUAUUCGGGUCGGCUUAUACUCGAGUAUAUACGGUAAAUAUAUCAUCUGGAGAAUCCACACCAAUAAAUUAAUUAAGCAUUCUAACUUGUGGAGCCCAUGUGGUGCAAUGGGUUAAGCCCUUGUGCUGGCAGGACUGCUGACCAAAAGGUUGGCGGUUCCAAUCCGAAGAGUGGGGUGAGCUCCCAUCUGUCAGCUCUAGCUGUGGGGAAAUGACAGACGCCUACAAGAUGGUAAAACAUCAAACAUUUGAGUAUCCUCUGAGCAGCGUCCUUGCAGACAGCCAAUUCUCUCACACCAGACGCAACUUGCAGUUUCUCGUCACUCCUGACAUGAAAAAUAUUCUAAUUUGUAUCAAAUUAACUCUACUGGAUGAAAUAAAGACAUUUCCUCUUGCCUAGAGCCAAAGCCAUUCAAAUUGAGAGAUUUCCACCUUUCCUGUAUGGAGGGACCACCAAAAGAGAUCUGUUAAAGGCAUUUGGAUCCUUUAUAUUAAAGUCUUAAGAGAAUGUGACGAAUUGUCUUAAAUUAACUCACUGCAUCGGACAUAAAAAAUUGCAAAAAUUUGGUAACUCACGAAAGCGGCAAGAGAUAGGCUGUGUUACCCAAAAAUAGCCUCCCUGGCAUUUUGAAAUGUUAAUAAUAUUGUUGAAAGCGUUUGCGAAUUAAGGACAAGCAAUUCAUCCCAGGCCUUGUGCUACCCGUGUCAGGUUUUGAAGAGGCGCAGUUUUUUGACUCAAUUAGAGCAGCAAACAGAGCAUCAUCGCAUUUCCAUUUGAAAAGCUUGUGAAUAAUGAAUGAAAUGCAAUAUAGGCCCAGGAUAGGGACGAGAACGCUCCCAAGGGAAGGAAACCUGAGCUGCAGAAUCAUUCUGCAGAGAACAAGCCAAGAAAAGACUUUUGUGCAUAUCGUCUUCUCAAACAGGCGUUUCAUUUUGCACUAGUUCAGAACACGACGAUCGCGUUUUGCUGUCUUGGUGAGAUCAAGUAUUCAAUCCCUUUGCUCUGUAUAAAUUCAGCAGCAUAAUAAUAACAUAGCAAAACAAUCUUGCAGUCGGUAAGCCAAUAUACUUCUGCUUAAAAGCUUUGUUUUGCUGUAAUAGUCAAUGCACAGCUUCUUCCAGACAAGGAAUGAGAAUCCCUGCCCCAUAAUAAUAAUAAUAAUAAUAAUAAUAAUAAUAAUAAUAAUAAUAAUAAUAAUAAUAAUAAUAAUAUGAUCCAUUGGAACUUAUGCCUCAAGUACCACCUCCCAGCAGUAAAGAACUGGUGGGAUCACAAACCUGCAAAGGUCAUGGAAAAUGAACACGCAAAGAUACUGUGGGACUUCCGAAUCCAGACUGACAAAGUUCUGGAACACAACACACCAGACAUCACAGUUGUGGAAAAGAACAAGGUUUCGAUAAUUGAUGUUGCCAUCCCAGGUGACAGUCGCAUUGAUGAAAAACAACAGGAAAAACUCAGCCGCUAUCAGGACCUCAAGAUUGAACUUCAAAGACUCUGGCAGAAACCAGUACAGGUGGUCCCGGUGGUGAUGGGCACAUUGGGUGCCGUGCCAAAAGAUCUCAGCCGGCAUUUGGAAACAAUAGACAUUGACAAAAUUACGAUCUUCCAACUGCAAUAGGGCAGCCUGCUGGGAUCUGCAUGCAUCAUCCAAAAAUACAUCACGCAGUCCUAGACACUUGGGAAGUGUUCGACUUGUGAUUUUGUGAUAUGAAAUCCAGCAUGUCUAUCUUGUUUGCUGUGUCAUACAACGUCGUUGUGUCAAUAAUAAUGAUAAUAAUAAUAAUAAUAAAUGGGACCCUGAAGAAGGAGACAGAAGGCCUGAUCCUUGCAGCCCAGGAGCAAGCCAUCAGAACAAAUGCAAUUCAGGCCAAGAUCGAAAAAUCAGCUGAUGACCCAAAAUGCAGACUGUGCAAGGAAACCGAUGAAACCAUUGAUCAUAUCCUCAGCUGCUGUAAGAAAAUCGCACAGACAGACUACAAACAGAGGCACAACUAUGUGGCCCAAAUGAUUCAUUGGAACUUAUGCCUCAAAUACCACCUCCCAGCAGCAAAGAACUGGUGGGAUCACAAACCAGCAUUCAGUGCCAGCACAAUUAUAGGGCCAGCCUAUCCAUGACUAUAAUGUGAAAAACAAUAAAUGCCUGGGAUCUACCCGUGGCUUGUACAGGGAUCAUCCCUUUGAAGCCCCAACGCAGCCCUCUCAGAAAGAGGUGGAGGUUAGGACCCAGGGGGGCUUUCUGUAUCUUCCCAGCUGGGCUGCUUUAGCCAUUUGCCUUUGGUGCAAAACCAGGUAACAACAACCCAGAGUGUUUGUAUCAGACAUGCACCGAGUUUACCAGCCGCUCCUACCCACGGCCAACCGGUAUCUGCAGGAGAAAUGGGACGAGGCCGAUUACAAGAACCAUCGCAUAAAGGUGGAACUAGCUGUGCCUGUUGUGAGCACAAAAACAACACCAACGCCUUUCCAUUUACAGGUGAAUUUGAAGAAAAUGCAGCUGGAAAAGGAGCGCCAAGCACUUUGGCAUCGGGAGAAUCUUUUGCAUUCGGCCAAGUUGAGGGGAAUCAAACAGUCUCAGGGACGAAUAGACAAUUGGAAUGCCUACUGUAUUCGCAGCUUAAAUGCCGAGAAGCGCCGCCGGGAUCUUGCGCACAUUUACUGGGAGAACCAACAGCUGCUGAAGCGUCUGGAAGGAAGGAAGUCGGAACUGGCUCAGGAGCGUUGGCAGGAAAACUGGCACAAGGAAGAGAUUAUCCGCCACCGCAUCGCCCAUUAUCCCCGCGGGUGGGGAGGCUGCCAGCCUAACAAAGUGAGAUGGAAGCAGCAGACAAAGAGCAAGGAGACAACUGGAGGCAGCCCUGUUUUGUCUUCGGGAAGAAGUCCUAUACUUCGCAACACUAAGAAUAAUGAAAAUAUGCUGGGCAAGAGCUUCUGGGGAAGUGGAAAUGAGUCCCGCCUUGAAGGGUUGGUAGCUGCUCCCAUGCCUUCAACAACCCUUGGGAGAAAAAAGGAUGUUGUUGAUGCGUCUGGGGACCUGGCACAGCGGUCAAGCAAGGGACGGGGCUCUUCUGCCAAGCAAGACGCCUUGACGUCUGCCACCAAGUCCCAUGCCUCCAUAAGGAAGAGCCUCAAGCUCCCCGAGAACAACCAGAGUCCAGAUCCAGAGGAGACUCUCGAAGUCUCACCCACUUGGGAUGCUGAAGUUCGCUACGGAAGGAGUGAGAAGGGCCCAAAGCUGUGCAAAAAAUCCAUCCUGUGGACUUUAGUGCCGGACGAAUCCUGGAAAUUAUCUGCCAGGAAGUCUCCAGAAGGAAACUGCAGCUGGAGCCGGAGUGAAUCACAAAGCGGGUCUUCCACUUCUUCUGCAACAUCUGUCAAGAGCUCCCUCUCUUUGGUCCAAGCAGAUGAAAACAGCCCUAGAGCCAUAGAACCUUAGGGUGCAUAUAAUAUAUUAGAUAGAUAGAUAGAUAGAUAGAUAGAUAGAUAGAUAGAUAGAUAGAUAGAUAGAUAGAGAUAUUAUUACAAUAUGACAGCCAUAGAACCUUAGGGUGCAUAUAAUAUAUUAGAUAGAUAGAUAGAUAGAUAGAUAGAUAGAUAGAUAGAUAGAUAGAUAGAUACAGAUAUUAUUACAAUAUGACAGCCCUAGAGCCACAGAAUCUUAGGGUGCAUAUAAUAUAUUAUUUUAUUAUAUUAUAUUAUAUUAUAUUAUAUUAUAUUAUAUUAUAUUGAUAGAUACAGAUAUUAUUACAAUAUGACAGCCCUAGAGCCACAGAAUCUUAGGGUGCAUAUAAUAUAUUAUUAUAUUAUAUUAUAUUAUAUUAUAUUGAUAGAUACAGAUAUUAUUACAAUAUGACAGCCCUAGAGCCACAGAAUCUUAGGGUGCAUAUAAUAUAUUAUUAUAUUAUAUUAUAUUAUAUUAUAUUAUAUUAUAUUAUAUUAUAUUAUAUUAUAUUAUAUUAUAUUGAUAGAUACAGAUAUUAUUACAAUAUGACAGCCCUAGAGCCACAGAAUCUUAGGGUGCAUAUAAUAUAUUAUUAUAUUAUAUUAUAUUAUAUUAUAUUAUAUUAUAUUAUAUUAUAUUAUAUUAUAUUGAUAGAUACAGAUAUUAUUACAAUAUGACAGCCCUAGAGCCACAGAAUCUUAGGGUGCAUAUAAUAUAAUAUAUUAUAUUAUAUAGAUAGAUAGAUAGAUAGAUAGAUACAGAUAUUACUACAAUAUGACAGCCCUAGAGCCACAGAAUCUUAGGGUGCAUAUAAUAUAUUAUUAUAUUAUAUUAUAUUAUAUUAUAUUAUAUUAUAUUAUAUUAUAUUAUAUUAUAUUAUAUAGAUAGAUACAGAUAUUAUUACAAUACGACAGCCCUAGAGCCAUAGAAUCUUAGGGUUCAUAUAAUUAUAUUAUAUUAGAUAGAUACAUACAUACAUACAUACAUACAUACAUACAGAUAUUAUUACAAUGUGACAGCCCUGGAACCACAGUAUCUUAGGGUGCAUAUAUUAUUAUAUUAUAUUAUAUUAUAUUAUAUUAUAUUAUAUUAUAUUAUAUUAUAUUGAUAGAUACAGAUAUUAUUACAAUAUGACAGCCCUAGAGCCACAGAAUCUUAGGGUGCAUAUAAUAUAUUAUUAUAUUAUAUUAUAUUAUAUAGAUAGAUACAGAUAUUAUUACAAUAUGACAGCCCUAGAGCCAUAGAAUCUUAGGGUUCAUAUAAUUAUAUUAUAUUAUAUUAUAUUAUAUUAUAUUAUAUUAUAUUAUAUUAUAUUAUAUUAUAUUAGAUAGAUAGAUAGAUAGAUAGAUAGAUAGAUAGAUAGAUAAAUAGAUAGAUACAGAUAUUAUUACAAUGUGACAGCCCUGGAACCACAGUAUCUUAGGGUGCAUAUAUUAUUAUAUUAUAUUAUAUUAUAUUAUAUUAUAUUAUAUUAUAUUAUAUUAUAUUAUAUUAUAUUAUAUUAUAUUAUAUUGAUAGAUACAGAUAUUAUUACAAUAUGACAGCCCUAGAGCUACAGAAUCUUAGGGUUCAUAUAAUUAUAUUAUAUUAUAUUAUAUUAUAUUAUAUUAUAUUAUAUUAUAUUAUAUUAUAUUAUA